CGAGGUGGUGCACCCGCUGUUGUUCGACCGCCGGUAUCGUGCUGUCGGCCGGUCCGUUGUGAUUCUAGUGACGUCACUCGGGCCGUUAUUGGUGGCCAGUGUGUGUAUACUGCGUCUUUGUGUGCGUCACAUUUGUCGGCUGACAUCAGCUCAGUGUUGGCUGCCGACGCGAUAAGGCUGUCAUUGGCGGCUCUGGCGGUUCGGAUAAGAUAGGGCUAUGAUCGACACCGCCAGAAGCCCGGCCGACAUCAGUGAGCGGCCAGCUGCCGGAAGCACCGCCCCGUCGAGGGCGCGGCACUGGUCUGCCGUUCGAGAGGCGCUGACCAGGAGCGGUGGCUGUGAACGUUUGAGCCGAACGGCGCAUGCUGCCGCGGAGGAUGCACCGAUCGGCGGGUCCUCGACGGCCGGCCGACUGGCCCCCACCCCUGCGGAGGGGUCUGCUGGGCCCAGCACUGCUGCUGGCGGUCCUGCUGAUGACCAGCUCCAGCGCCAGGGCGUCCUCCAGCGCCAGGGCGUCCUCCAACACCGUAUCUCGACUGCUGGGCUGUCGGACGGCCGCGGAGGACCAGCUGCUGCAGGGGGCGGCGUUCAGCACGCCAGCAGACGGGGUCGACUGCGCCGCCGUCUGCCAGCAGCAGGAGUCGCUGCUGGCCGUCAGCGGCCAGCGCUGGUGUUUCUGUGUGAACCAGCCGGUCAGCGCCGCGGAACUGACGGCCAACUGUUCCGGUACCGCGCCGGACGGCCUGCAGCUCCUGCACGUGUACUCCGUCACUGAGCCGGCGGCGGGGGGCGCCGCACUCCUCUCCGAGCGGCCGCCGUCCCCGGCCAGCCCCGUGUCGGAGCGCUUCCAGGUCGGCUCGGUGUAUCUCCAGUUCGACCGGUGUGCCCUCUCCACCGGCAGCAGCAACGAGCCGGCCAAACAGGUGGACCUGUGCGUGCACACGUGCAGCGUCAACUUCGGCGGCGGGUUCAUGGCGCUCGGCCCGUCCGAGGGCAACUCUGUGCUGUACGAGUGCCACUGCAGCGACCAAGACCUCUUUGGCAAGUCGCUCGACCCCGCCAUGUGCGUGGAGCAGUGCAAGCGCCCCGGCGAGGUUCUUCACGACACCACGUGUGGUGGUAAGACGUCCGACGGCGCCACGGCGCUCAGCGUCUACCGCCUGCUGGACGACAUCCCCGGCUCGACGCCGACGCCGGUGACGACGCGCAGCUCGACGGGCCUCUCGUCGUCGGUGAGCGGCUUCACGGACUCGGCGUGUCCGGACGGCGGCGUCCAGGUGGGCGGCGGCAGCUGCUACCGACCCGAGGCCGUCACCGGCGACAUGACCCGACCAGACGACCCUCGCACCUACCAGGAGGCGGUCGACGCGUGCUCUCGACUAUCAAACGGCGGCUGGCGGCCCUGGGCAGUUGAGACCAAGGAGGAGCGCGAUUCCGUGUUUCAGAUCCUGCUAGUUGACAUGGGCUUCCUUCAAGACACGAAUGACGUGGUGACCAGCGGCACGGUGCAGGCGGACGGCUCCACGGUGCAGUGGGCCGACUGGCCCGGUGACCCGGCCGCCGGCUGGCUGGCCGGCACCACCAGCGGCACGCCCACAGCCGGCGACGUGCUCGUCUGGGAGAACAUCCAGGGCGCCAGCGCCGAGACCACCACAAUGCGCUACUACCCACCGGACAGCCUGCCCAGCACGGUGGCCGUCAUCUGCGAGCUGCCCACCGCAACCACCACCUCAUCGACCACACCAGAAACUACGACGUCUUCUCCCACAACUACGGAUCUGACGUCAACAACUGCGGACACCACGUCAUCCACAACCGCCGCUACAUCAACCACACCCGAGCCCCGACCAUCGACGACAUCUUCUCCCACAACCACGGAUCUGGCGUCAACAACUCCGGACACCACGCCAUCCACUGCAACAUCAACCACGCCCGAGCCCCGACCGCCAUCACCAGACGACGUCAUCAAUGACCUCAUCGACAACUUGAAUGGAACGACAUCGUCCAACAUCACCGAGUCAGACAUUAUCGAGACGGUUGAUCAGCUGGAUACCAUUAUAGAUGCUCAGUUGAACGAGAGUUACGGCCUGCCUCCCGACGAGAGGCUCGACAAUGACCGGCAGUUCACCGUGGACUUUGUACAGCUGGUGGACACCCUGCUCCGUGCCACAGAUGCCUGGAACAACAUGACACAGAGUCAGAUGGAGGAGACCUCCACCAAGCUGAUGGCCAGCACGGAAGCGGCCGGGUUCAUGCUGGCAAACAGCACUGCCGUGGCCGGCUAUGACGAUGUGAUAGAGACAUCCCAGGCGUCGCUGACGCUGUCAGCCAGUUCCGUGAACAGGAACAGCAGCGGCGGGUUCCGUUUCCCGAGUGAGUCGGCGGCGUCCAGCUGGAUCUGGCUGCCCGUCGGGUACGCCGCACAGGUCGCCGCUGACCUGAGGUCAGACCGGCUGGCACAGGUGGGCGUCCUGUACCACACCCGGCUGAUGGAGCUCAUGCUCUCGCCCGCCAAUAACAGUAUGGACGACGUCGGGAAGCGUCUGAACUCCCCUGUGCUGAGUUUCUCGCUCGGCGACGGGGACGCCCGGGUGCAACUGCCCGGUCUCAUGGGUGCGCAGCUUCACCUGCAGUACUCCCUGACAGAGCGGGAGCCGGCACAGACAGAGGUGUGGAGACACCUGCACCCUGGCGAGGAGCCCUCGGCCGUCAGAGGCACGGCCGUCUGCGCCUACUGGAACGAGACACUAAGUGAAUGGAGAACCGAUGGCUGUCGACUCGAGACGAGUGCCUCCAGCAAACACCACGCCUCUUGCGUCUGCGAACAUCUCACCAGCUUCGCCAUUCUCAUGGACUAUCACGAAUACGUGGGAACACCCGAGUCCCUGAACAUGCUGACCUGGGUGCUGGGCUCACUGUCACUGAUCGGACUCGUCAUCACCUGGAUUAUUUUCACGUGCAACAGGUCUCUGCGGUGCACGCGCACCACCAUCACUCGCCACCUGUGCGCCACGUACGCCGUCGGGCUGACGCUGCUGCUCACCGUGAUGGAUCGGCGACUGGUCUAUCUGGAGCCGGCGGCCUGCACCGUCGCCGGCAUGGCCAUCCACUACAGCUUCCUGGCCGUGUUCGCCUGGACUAUGGUCGAGGGCAUUCACCUGUACAAGGUGCUGCGACACGUCUUCGAGCCCAGGAGCAACUCGAUGACUAGGUACUACAUGUACGGCUACCUGCUGCCGGCCCUGAUUAUCAUCGUUACCAACACCGUGGCGCUGGCCGCCGACCAGUAUGCCUACGUCAGGGAUGAAUUCUGUUGGCUAACGGUUCCGUACUUCAUCUGGUUCUACAACGGUCCGAUCGCCGUGGUGCUGAUCAUGAACAUGUUCGUGCUGAUCCUGGCGUACCGGUCAGCCGCCUCGCUGAAGGUCAACAAGCUCAGAGCCAAGAAGGAGAAGCUGAAGCGCUGGCUGAAGGGCUGGUUCUCACUCUCCUGCCUGCUCGGCGUCCAGUGGGCGAUCGGAUACAUCUACGUGGACGGGUCCAGCGUCUUCGACUACAUCUUCACUGCUCUUAACUGCUCACAGGGCCUGCUGAUCUUCAUCUUCCACUGCGUCCUGCGGGAGAAGACGCGACAGAUUCUGCUGGGCCGGUUCAGCACGGCCAAGCGCAGCACCAUGAUGAACAGCGUGUACGGCCAGAUGGUGAUUGCCGAGAGAAAGAAGCAGGAGUACCGGCAGUCACGAAUGUCACACGACACGUGCGUCACGACGCUGUCCAACUCGGCCUCACCGGCCAACAGCGAGUCGCCCGACUCGUCACCGGCCAGUGAGAGGAGCAGCUCGUCAUCGGGCUCGGGCAGCUGCAAGGUGUCGGCUCGGUCGGCCAGCAGGAAGGGUCUGCCGUCACUGACCAGGGGCUUCUCGAGCGACACACAGACCAGCUCCAGCAGUCUCCGCGGCAGGGUCAAUCUGGCGUUCCAGCCGGACGAGCCGUGGGCGCCGCUGCCGGACAUCUCGGAGGAGACGGACGGCGCCGGGUCGCCGCGCCACGGGCCCGUCCCGGUGCCGGGCCGCGGCUCACAGGGCGCGCGCGCACACCACCCCGCGCACCACGACGGCGUGGAGAUCUACAGGAGUCACAGCGUGGCGGCUCUGCGGCACGGGAAGGCCCACUGAGCCGGUCAGAGGUGGUAUCAGACCCGGCUCUGAGCUCCGACGGACCGUCCCGAGCCUGUCGGAAAACAUCAGCCAAUACCAACCUCAUUCUGAGCGGGCAGCUCUGUUCGCAGCGGAUAACCAACACCCACAUCUGCAGCGGUGACCUGUUUGAUGGCCGCCAAAAUAGCUAUUCUGGCGUCAUCUACCGCCUUUACAGCUGUUCCAGUGGCAUUGAGUGAGCACGAGCAUGAGACAUCGAGUUUUCAAUCACCACCGAGCGUGAAAGACGAACCUAAGACCCGGUAACUGCUUCGGAUUAUGGACAGUGUAUUAGUGCUUCCGCCUCGAUAGACCACAGAGAUGGAACAUUAUGCAGAGACGGAACAUUAUGCACGAUCGGGACCUGUGGCAUCCGGAGGGGGCCGGUCUCUGAGCGCCCUGAGCCCGCGCUCCGACGACCGGCCUCGAGUCGGGAGGGUCGGCCGAGGUGUGUUCCAGUGCCAGGAGCCGCCAGUUCUGGACACAGAUGGACUGCCUCAGGGAGGCCCGAAUGGGGUGUACCGGAACAGAGCACCGAAGUACUGCGACGGAUGCCAGCCGCUGAAAAAGAACCGUCGCGAGACUGCUGCGUGACCGAGACCGCAGUGAAGCCGAGAGGAAGAAGGCCAAUGUUGCUGAAUGAUGAGCCAGGAGGAAAGGCUCGCGAAGUUCAGCAUUACGUUAACUGAAUGACUAGUCGUCAUGAUACUAUAACUAAGCAACUGGUUGUAUUGUCAAAUGUGUCGUUUGUGCGAGCCUUCAACGUACCGUGUACGAGCCGCCUUGAGUAUUUACAAGCUUGAGUGUCCAGCUUUAUGGCGAGUCAAUGUGGCGCCACGGGAUCUCAGCAUGCGAAUAAGGACGGUGAAAUAUAAGAUAUCCGUAUUACGCAAGUGAUUGACUACGAGUAAGAGCUUAAAGUAUUGUUCGUAGAUAAACAACGCCUCUAAUUGAGGCAGGUCAACUCGUGUUCGAAAAAAUAGGGAUACCUGAUCCCAAGAUAGAUUGAACACAGACGAUCCGUCGCGUCCGAUGACGUGAGUCAACUCAUGACACUCGUCCGUAGUUCCGGACAGCUUACAUGGAACAACGCCCAACUCACCCGAUGGCAGCUGUACCAUCUACUGCCAAAUCAGUGUUUUUGUUACAUACUGCCUCGACAUUUCGGGGCGUGCCAGCUGAUGUUGAGAUGACCUGUGAAUGCGAUCGAUUACACUCUAUCCUCUGUUAUCACCUAAGGUUAAGAAUCGGAAUACAUCACCCAAUGAAUCAAA